UCCACUCGUUAUCUUUUACAUUUUUAAAGUUUCUAUUCCUGUGCAUUUGUUGCGAGACGCCUCAGCUGACCCAAGGAACUUCAACAACGAACCCAACCUCUGUCGUCUCGAGAGGAGAAGAGAAGGAGACCCAUGCUGUAAUAUAAUAUCGACACACAUCCGCCAAACGAGACGAGACCAAGAUGGACAAGCUACGGAAAGCCCUAAGCGGGAGAGACAACAGUGAGGAGCAGGAGGAGGAGCGUGGGAACAUUAUCACCCAGACGGAGGACACGCCACUCUUGCGUGUAAUUGACUCAAACAGCCUCAGUUGGAGCACACGGGUUAAAGGGUUUGCAAUUUGCUUUAUCCUUGGUUUCUUGUUUUCUCUCCUUGGCUCUGCGCUGUUCUUCUUGCCCAAGGGAACUAUCUUGUUUGCAAUAUUUUACACCCUGGGCAACGUCAUGGCACUUUCAAGUACAUGCUUCCUGAUGGGACCAGUAAAUCAGUGUAAGAAGAUGUUUGCCAAAACCAGGAUCAUCGCCACCAUCAUCAUGUUUGUUGCCCUCAUCAUGACUUUGAUUGCUGCAUUUGUGGUCCACAAGAAAGCUUUGGCACUGUUGAUGGUGAUGGUGGAGAUACUGCCCAUUCUUAGCUAUACCUGGUAUUCCCUAUCGUACAUCCCAUAUGCUCGUGAUGCUGCCAAGAAGUGUUUUGCUUCCUGUGUCGAUGUCUAAGUGAAUCCUGUUCCUCCUAAGAGGUCAAGUGAUCUCCAAGAAAAACGUUUAUCUGUUUAGAUAUUCUAAACAUGAAGAUUUUCACUGCAAAAAAUAUGUUCUUCCAGUGGUCAUGAAGCAAGAAUGGCUUAAUAUGUUUUGUUAAUUGUUUUUGUUAAUUUAUGAUAAUGAAUAACAAUUUUGUUUAAAAUCAGUAAGGUUACCACACUGACAUUAGGAAUGAGAAUAUCCCCCCCCCCCCCUUUUUUUUUUUUUUUUUUUUUUUUUUUUUUUUUUUUUUUUUUUUUUUUUUUUAAAAUAUGAUAAUGUUUCUUGUUUCAUGAAUGAUAGAUAACUUUGCUCCAUUUUAAAUGAGAUAAAAAUAACCUUUAUUCUUCAAUUCAGUAAUGAUUAACUAUUAGCAUGAGAAUGAUUUUGCAAACUUUAAUGCAGUUUAAUCUUUGGCAAUUUAUUUAUUGAAACUUUAUUUCUGGAAAAUGCUCUUGAAGCACACAUUUGUAGAUAUGCCGUCCUGUAGUGAAAAGUUUUAGAAUGCAUACGUAUCAAUUUCCGUACUGAUGUGAAAAACUGUCACAAUUAUAGUAGACUAAAUAAGGAUCUGAAAGUGGAAAAGAUUAUAUAUACUACUGAUUUGUUUUCAGUUUUUUUUUUUUUUUAUGAUCAGUAUAUAAAUAUAAAAGAAAUGAUAGAUUUAUAUGUAAUUCAGAUAAUUACCAAAUUACUGAUGUGGAUCAUAGUUUGAUAUUUUGAUUUGAUUGUAUGAUAUAUUUUUGUAAAAUCAAAAUCUUGCUAAUGACAAAUUAUAUUAUUUAGGUAUUAUCCUCCAUCCAGGGACAAAUGGCAUUUCUAAUUUUUAUUAAUUGCAGUUGUGCAGUUAGAUAUGGUAGUGAACUAUGAUACAGGAAAUGUGCAUGUGUGUUUAGAAGCAAAAAAACAUGUGCUUAUGGGAACAGGUGUAGAAGAAAAACAUGUAAUAUUGUAAAAGUUUUUAAAUUUUCUAAUAGAAUUACUUGCCUGUUUCAGCUGACUGCAAGCAACAUUUAUCAUUUAAUGUACUGGAUUAUCUAAUAUAGAUAAUUGUUGAUGUAUUUUUGUUGUUACUUUUGUGUCUAAAUAUUUAUAAGCAGGUUAAAGAAGCCUACAAAAUAUUUUUACUAAUUGUUUGUUACCAUUCUCUCAUCUUAUGCAGAGGUAACUCUGAAUUGUUUAGACAAAUGGGAUAUUUUUACACAUUGACUUGCACCCCCCUUACUCACACCCAACUUCUCACCCCCACACAUAUAAAAGCAAACUUGGUGGAGAGUAAAGCAUUAAGUUUUAAGAAUAUUUAUGUUUAAUGUAGACACAUUUUUUUUGCCUCAUUAAAUGUAGAGAAUAACGUUACCAUUGGAUUAGGCACCGUAUUCUAUCAGAGAAUUAUUAGUAUUUUUUUUUUUUUUUUUUUUUUUUUUUUUUUUUUUUUUUUUUUUUUUUUCAAAACUUCAUUGAAAGAAAGAUUUGUGAUUCUUGAAAGUAUUUUGUGAAUGGUAAAAGUGAUUAUUUUUCUAUAUGUGAAAGUAAGAGUACAUUGCCUACAUAUAAAUGUCAACUAUUAUAUAUGUGUAUAUUUUGCCUCAUGUUCCCUUAAUUAUGCCAGAGGUAUUAUAUCUUAUGGCAUUCCAUAGAUAUAAAGAAAAAUAUUGUUGGUUAUCAGUAAACAGAUGUAAAAAAAAAAAUCAAUAAAAAGAAUUGUGAAGAGAGGGUAUUAUCCAGAUUGUCUUUUCUGAAAUUUAGUAUUGAGAAAUUCAAGGCUUUGUCCUGACAACAGUAAAUAAGAAGUUGAUUUUACAAAAAUGUAAAGAUAUUGAUACUCUUAUAUCAAAUAUAUUACUGUUUACAGAACUUAGUCUUGAUUACUCUAGGAAUAAAAAAGGAUUUACAAGAUUAAUGAUUUCUCCCGGAAUGUAAGUUUAGAUAAGUUGGACAAGAGGACUCUUUCUGUGUGCUGUUUUGUGCCUUUGGGAGGGGCCGCUUUGUACAGAUGGCCUCCGCCUUCACUAUUUCUUCCAUACAUCUUGCUCACUGGAUGUUGACACAUUUAUACUUUGCUGCAGGAUAACAACUUAUUGUUCUUGAUAGUGUUUUUAGCAUUAACCAUUGAUAAUGUUUUAUAUGUUUUAUGAAAUCUAUACCAAAGCAUCUGUGCUUGUGUAUCUUGCAUGGAAUAUGAAUGAUUUGUAAUAAUUUCUUAACACCUAGAAAAUUUUCAGUGACAUUAGUGUUGCUAAAAACAAAUAUGGUCAUUUCAUUAUUUAUAAGAAAAAUGUACAGCCUUUAAUUCAUAUAUAUUUGUACAAUGUCAAAUUUUACAAGGCAGGGUCCUAAGUUAUUUACCUGUAAUUUAAACUUGUUUCACUUGCAUUCUAAGAGAACAUCUUAAAGAAGUUAUAAAAGGUGUAAAUCUUUUCAUUUAUGUACAAAUAUAUUAUUGAAAAUA